UGUAAAAUUUAAACAGCCUUCUUCAAUAAACUUGUAAACAUAUGAAGUACACUCAUACCAGUAGGACUAGGAUCUAUCUGUCAUAUCUUAUGUGCACAACAAUCAAUUAUGGAUAUGUCGGAUUCUCAUGAGUAUAUGUUUAAGGAUGCUAAUCGCAGCCAUGCUAACAGAAAGAUCUGGAUAUGUGGUGCUGUGGCAAUCAUUGUAGGGUUUGUCAUAGGCAUAUUAAUUGGACGAUUUGCAACAUGUCCAGAGGAGAAUGAGGCUCCAAAACUGGACGGCACAUUUCUACCGGGUGUGUCAGAUUCUAUCAUAAAAGAUGGUGAUCCCAAAAUAAGUGAGGAGAUAAUAAAUGGCAUUCGAGCAGACAAUAUCAGAGAAUACCUAAGAGACCUAUCAGCAAAUCCUCACCUUGCUGGAACUCCUGCCGACUGGGAACAAGCCAACAAUUUACGCAAUUUUUGGACAGACAAUGGGUUGGACGAGGUAUUUAUCAGUGAAUAUGACGUGUUGUUGUCAUAUCCUAAUACAACAGAUGAAGAUAAUAUGAACCAGAUACAGAUCGUCGACAACAGCACAGGCAACAUCAUCUACAAAUCACCAUUGUACGAGGAUAUAUUAGAUGAAUCAGAGAACAAGUCCAAUGUUGUUCCCCCUUUUAAUGCUUUCUCUAAACCAGGAACGGUUGAAUCGAAUCAGCUGAUUUAUGUUAACUAUGGAAGAGUUGAGGAUUAUAUACAUUUAGACAGUUUGAACAUAAAUGUAUCCGGGAAGAUAGUAAUUGCAAGAUAUGGGAAGAUAUUUCGAGGAGAUAAAGCAAAUUUAGCGUAUGUGCAUGGAGCCAUAGGAAUAAUACUAUACUCGGAUCCAGCGGAUUAUGCUAUGGGACAAACUGAUAGUUCACAAGUAUAUCCUCAUGAUUGGUGGCUCCCGGCCUCAGGCGCACAGCGCGGGACCAUAUUUUUAGGGUCUGGAGAUCCUUUAACGCCUGGGUAUCCUGCAACAGAAACUGCAUACCGUCUAGAAGAGGAUGAACCAGAAGCUGGCUUACCAAAGAUUAUAACACACCCUGUUGGGUAUGGCGUCGCUGAAAAAAUACUGCAACAGAUGACUGGUAAUAACGUUCUAUCUGAGUGGGAAGGUAAGGUACCAAACGUCACUUAUAGAUAUGGUGGACAGUUGACCAAUCCAACAUGGAAAGUGAAAAUGAGGAUUUCAACAGCAAAUAAAAGAGUCAAAACUUACAAUGUUAUAGGAAUAAUUAGAGGAGCGAUUGAACCAGACAGGUACGUACUUAUGGGUAACCACAGAGACGCUUGGGUGUUUGGAGCAAUAGACCCUUCCAGUGGUACAGCUGUAAUGAAGGAGGUUUCACGUGUCAUGGGACAACUAGUAAAAAAUAAAAAAUGGCGACCACGUCGAUCAAUAAUAUUUUGUAGCUGGGGAGCAGAAGAAUAUGGUUUAGUUGGUUCUGUUGAAUGGGUUGAGCAAUAUAUAAAAAAUCUAGCGGAGAGAUCACUUGCUUAUCUCAAUGUUGAUUUAGCUUUGCAAGGAAACUUUUCUCUGAGGGCGCUGGCGACUCCACUAUUGUAUGAUGUCGUUUUCUCAGCUACCAAAAAGGUCCCUAAUCCAGACUCCACUGAAAUGCAUAAAACUGUGUAUGAUAAAUGGAAGGCUUCUUUUCCAAAGGAUAUCAAUGACCCUAAUAGUGUUCCUGAUGUUUGGGAUGUUGGUUCCGGAAGUGAUUAUGCACCUAUGGUACAAAUGGUUGGUUUACCAGUAUGUGAUGUCCGUUAUACAUUCGAUCCUAAAAAAUAUCCGUUGUCUUCAUAUCCAUUGUACCAUUCAAAGUAUGAAACAUUUAAGGCUGUUGAUGAAAUCAUGGACCGAGGUUUCAAGCAUCACCAAGCCACAGGACAAGUAUGGGCAGAAAUGGCAAGAGCAUUAGCAGAUACAAUGGUUAUUCCAUUAGAUGUUGUAAACUUCGCAAACGAACUAAUUUCGUUGGUAAAUACCCUUGACAACGAUUAUGGAACAAUGUUGCGAAAUAACAAUAUAACUUUUGAUGAUUUAAAAAAGGUGACAGAUAACCUUAAAACAGAGGCAAUGGCAUUCAACAGCAGAGUAGAAAAUGUUGAGAAAUAUAAUCCACUGGCAGUUCGGCAUAUAAACGACCAGUUAAUUUUGUUUGAAAGAUCCUUCUUGGAUCCACAAGGUCUUCCUGGACGUCCGUAUGCUAGGCAUGUGCUAUUUGCUGAGAGUCAGGUAAACACGUAUGCUGGUAGUAGUUUCCCCGGAUUGGUGGAUUCAUUGUUUGAAAUCGAAAAAGACCCGGAUCAAAAAGGACGAUGGAAUAUUGUUAAGAAACAUUUUUCAGUCAUUUUAUUUACCAUAGAAUCGGCAACUUCGACUUUAAGAGAUGUAACAAAAUUUAUGCCAGUAUUUAAUAAAGGUAGUUCGUGAUUAUUAAGUAUUGUGGUUUUAUUGUAAGUCAUUUUUGUAAAAAAAAAUAUAUAAAUAUUGAUUACUCAUUUUAAACAGAAUUUGGUUAGAUAUUAGAAAAAAACAAAUGUAAAGUAAUUAUGCUUUCUAAAACAGGAAUAUUGUCAAAGCUUAUUUAAAUGCCAUGAUUUUAUAUUUUCGUUGUUUUUAAUUAUAUUUUCUUAGCUUAAUCGAAUGAAAAAUACUUCAUUCAUAAAAUGAUGAAUGUACUAGAUUUUUUCUCGUAAAUAAAAAUGGAGAAAACGGAAGUAUGUAUGCGUUAUGAAAUUAUUUGGAAUAUGUAAAAGUUUAUCAUUUAUUAAUGAAUUAUUUAUUACCAGUUUGAUUUAUGUUAAUAUCAAAACACAUCAUAUAUCUGAUAAAACAGUAAGUUUUGUUUAAACGUUUGAAGGCAUCAUAAGAAUAAAUAUUGAAUGGUGUAAAGAGUUUGUAAAGUAUAUAAUACGGUAGAUUUCGUGAGAAAGCAGCUUUGAAAAAAAUAAGAUUUUGGAUUACACAAUCAAUA